AUGCCCAUCCCACUGCUCAAUUUGACCCACUCAUCACUCCCCCCUCCUCCACCCGCUAUGGCGCCAGCUGCCGCUAUGUCUGCAACUCUCGCCGCCACCAGCUGCGCGUCCGUCGCGCACGCUUCGCAAGUCCCCUCUGCGCGCGCCUCGCGCACCGUGUCGCUGGGGUCGUUUUCGGGGCUCAAGCGCGUGUCGCCCGCCGCCCCCUCCCCGCUGCAAGCACUGCGCGCCAAGCACCAUGCGCCGGCGGCGGCGGUUCCGCGCAAGGCCAUCCGCGCGUCGACGGGCGCAGCGGCGGGCGGCGCCAGCGGGGCGGGCGCAGUGACGGCGCGCAAGGUGCUGAUGAUGGGCGGCACGCGGUUCAUCGGCGUGUACCUCGCGCGCAUGCUCGUCAAGGCCGGCCACGAGGUGACGCUGUUCACGCGCGGCAAGUCGCCGGUGACGCAGCAGCUGCCCGGCGAGAGCGACGCGGACUACAGCGAGUACAGCGCGCGCGUGCGCCACCUGGCGGGCGACCGCCGCGACCUGGACGCGCUGCGCGCCGCGCUGCAGGGCGCGGACUUCGACGCCGUGUAUGACAUCAACGGGCGCGAGGCGUUCGAGGUGGAGCCCAUUCUCGCCGCGCUGCCCAACCUCAAACAGUACAUAUUCUGUUCGUCCGCGGGUGUGUACCUCAAGUCCGACGAGCUGCCACACCGCGAGGAGGACCCAGUGGAUCCCAAGUCGCGGCACAAGGGCAAGCUGGAGAGCGAGGCGGUGCUGGCGUCUAGCGGCGUGGCGUGGACGUCGAUCCGCCCCGUGUACAUCUACGGCCCGCUCAACUACAACCCCGUGGAGGAGUGGUUCUUCCACCGCCUCGCCGCUGGCCGCCCCAUCCCCAUCCCCGGCUCCGGCAUGCAGAUCACACAGCUGGGGCAUGUCAAGCCCAGCCACCUCAUUCACAUGCGGACCACUUUGCGUCUCACCACAACACGCUUUCUCUCCCCCCCACUCAACAACUCCCCAUCGCUCCCUCUCCAAACUACUCUCCUCCUCCACUCUUCCCCCACCCCCCCCUCGACCCCUCCCUGUCCUCCCACCGUCUGCCCACAGGACCUAGCGCGUGCAUUCCACCUGGCGUUGGGGAACGAGGCAGCAUACGGGCAGGUGCUGAACGUGAGUGGGGCGCGCUACGUGACGUUUGACCGCAUCGCCACCGCGUGUGCGGAGGCCAUGGGAGCACCCAAGCCGCUGCUGGUGCACUACAACCCCAAGGACUUUGACUUCGGCAAGAGCAAGGCCUUCCCCCUCCGCAACCAGCAUUUCUUCACGGCGAUGGAGAAGGCGGAGCGGGUGCUGGGGUGGAAGCCAGAGUACGGCCUCGUGGACGGGCUGCGCCACUCCUACCACCUCGACUUCUCCCGGGGCGUGCACCGCGCUGCACCCAACUUCACCACUGACGACAUGAUCCUGGAGAAGCUGGGGGUGUCCGUCACUGCCACUGCGUGA